AUGGAGGCGGCGGCGGCAGGUGAGUCUGACCGGUGGCGGUGUCGGCGCGGUGUUGCAGGAGGCUCGGUGGAGGUGCGGGCGUUCGACUCGCACCUGCGCGGUCCCAGCUUCCUGCUGGAGCCGCCGGCGCGGCUGGAGUUCUCCAACUCGUCGGGCGGCUGGCUGGACUGCUCGGCGAGCGGCAGCCCGCCGCCCACGGUCGACUGGCUGUCUGUGGACGGCGCGCCCGCCGCCGACGUGCCCGGCGUCCGCCGCGUGCUGCGCAACGGCACGCUCCUGCUCAUGCCAUUCCCGCCCGCCGCCUACCGCCAGGACAUUCACUCCACCGUCUACCGCUGCGUCGCCUCCAACAGCGUCGGCAGGCUCAUCAGCAGGGACGUCCAGGUCCGCGCCGUGGUGGCGCAGGCGUACAAGGUGGAGGUGGAGGUGCUGGGAGCGCCCCGCGGCUGCACGGCCGUGCUGCGCUGCGUGGUGCCGUCCUUCGUCAGGGAGCUGGUGCGCGUCGUCUCCUGGGUGCAGGAGCCCGGCUUCUAUGUCUACCCCUCGCUGCAAGGAGACGGCAAGUUCCACCUGCUGCCGUCCGGGGAGCUGCUGGUGCACAACGUAGAGUUCAGCGACCAGUUCCCGCCGUACCGCUGCCGCACCAUGCACCGCCUCACCAGGCAGGUCGUCGUCAGCAGUCCCGCCAACGUCCGCAUCACAGAGCACCGUGGCCUGGUGUCGCCGGCCAUCGUGGAGCACACGAGCAGCGUGCAGGUGGCGCAGGACGAGGGCGCCGUGCUGCUGUGCGUGGCCCAGGGCUGUCCGUCGCCGGAGUACAGGUGGUUCUCGCUGACGGCGGGCCCAGAACCAGCCUCGGUAGUGGCGGGCCCUCGCACGCGCCUGCUGGGUCCGGUGCUGGUGGUGGAGGCGGCGGUGGCGGAGGAUGCGGGUGUCUACCGCUGCGUAGCCUCCAACGCGGGCGGUGAGGCCAGCGCUGACCUCCGCCUCACCGUCGUCACCCCGCUCCGGGUCGAGGUUCAGCCGCCGCGGCUGAGUGUGCACCUGGGCGGAAGGGCGGAGUUCCGGUGCGUGGACGCGUCGGGCUCGGUGCACCCGCAGCAGCCGCUCAGCAUCACGUGGUACAAGGACGCGCGGCCGCUGCCCGGGCCGUCGCGGGACCUGCUGGUGGUGGCUAGCGUGGGCCGCGAGGACCGCGGCAUGUACCAGUGCGUGGUGCGGCGGACCGAGGGCGACACGGCGCAGGCCGCCGCCGAGCUGCAGCUGGGAGACGCACCGCCGGUGCUGCUGUACAGCUUCAUCGAGCAGACGCUGCAGCCGGGGCCGGCGGUCUCCCUCAAGUGCAGCGCCUCUGGGAACCCCACGCCGCAGAUCACCUGGACGCUCGACGGCUUCCCGCUGCCCACCAACGGCAGGUUCGUGAUCGGCCAGUACGUGACGGUGCACGGGGACGUGAUCAGCCACGUGAACAUCAGCCAGGUGCAGGUGGAGGACGGCGGCGAAUACACGUGCACGGCAGAGAACCGCGCCGGCAAGACCUCUCAUUCCGCCAGGCUCAACGUUUAUGGUCUGCCCUACAUUCGUCUGAUCCCAAAGGUGACGGCCGUGGCUGGCGAGACCCUCAGGCUGAAGUGCCCCGUUGCAGGAUACCCCAUCGAAGAGAUUCGCUGGGAGCGAAGCGGCCGCGAGCUUCCGGACGACCUGAGACAGCGGGUAACGGCGGACGGCACGCUGGAAGUGUCGCCUGUGCAAAAGGCGGACGACGCAGGCGUGUACACGUGCUGGGCGCGCAACAAGCAGGGCCACGUGGCCAGGCGCUCGGGGGAGGUCGCUGUCAUAGUUCCUCCCAAACUUAGCCCAUUUACCUCUGACAGAACGCAGCACGUGGGCGAGCGGGCCAGCCUGACGUGCUCUGUGACGCGCGGAGACCUGCCUUUGACCAUCAGCUGGUUCAAGGACGGCCGCUCGGCGGACUCCAUGCCGCGGGUCUCCGUGACCCGCGUCGAUCAGUUCAAUAGUAUUCUCUUGAUCGAAAGUUUGUCUCCAGAUCACAACGGCAACUAUUCUUGUGUGGCGCGCAACCAGGCGGCCGAGGUAUCUCACACGCAGCAGCUCAUGGUCAAUGUGCCACCUCGCUGGACAGUGGAGCCGUCGGACGCCAGCGUGGAGCGUAACCGCCACGUGACUCUGCACUGCCAGGCCCAGGGGGUGCCGCAACCCACCGUCAUCUGGAAGAAAGCAACAGGCAGUAAGUCGGGAGAAUACGAAGAGAUACGGGAGAAACCUUACGUCAAACUGUUAAACAACGGCUCUCUGCUGCUGCAGAACGUGAAGGAGGACAAGGAGGGCUUCUACUUGUGCCAGGCCACCAACGGCAUUGGCACUGGCAUCGGAAAAGUCAUACAAGUCAAAGUCAACUCUUCACCAUAUUUUUCGGCGCCAGCUAGUGUGGUGACGGUGAAAAAGGGGGACACGGCUGUUCUGCACUGCAACGUCAACGGAGAUAAACCCAUCAACGUGGCGUGGCUACGUGGCGGCAAGCUCAAGCUUACCCCUGCGACCAACUACAGGGUAUCAGUGAAACAAGACCCAACUCCUGAUGGGGUGACAGCAGAACUACAAAUAGCAGCAGCUGAAGCUAGUGACAGCGGAGCAUACUUUUGUCAAGCCAGCAACCAAUACGGCAGUGACAAGCAGCUGGUACAGCUUCUUGUGCAAGAGCCACCUCGCAGCCCAAGCAAUCUCGAGUCGGUGAUGAUCAGCAGUCGAUCAGUGAGUAUCAAGUGGCAACAUCAGACAUCAGAUGCUGCUGAGGUGACGAAGUAUAUAGUCCAAUACAAGGAAGGUGAAGGAAUUUGGCAACAGCUGGAGAAGACUGAAUCACCCUUGCAACUGUCAGCAACAAUUGAAGACCUGAAGCCAGCCACCCGUUACACAUUCCGUGUGCUGGCAGAGGGUCCGGCAGGGCAGAGUGUGCCUAGUGCGGAGCUGUCCGUGCGUACGGAACCCCAGAGACCAGCAGGUCCACCUCUGAAUGUGUCCCUGAGGCCAGUGUCCUCCACAGAAUUGCUUGUCACGUGGGCACCCCCACUGGCUGAGUUGCAGCAUGGUGACAUUCAAGGCUACAACGUUGGAUAUCGUGAAACUAGCUCGGGCACAGGGAAUUAUAACUUCAGUUCUGUGGUUGGUGAUGGAGAGGAAGGAGGUGGUGAACUGCUGCUAGGGGGCCUUAGCAAAUUCACUCGCUACUCUGUAGUUGUUCAAGCUUUCAACCAAGUUGGUUCAGGACCCCUUUCUGAGCCUGUCACAGCACAGACUAUGGAGGAUGUUCCAAGUAUGCCACCUGAGGAUGUGCGCUGUGUUGGUUUGUCUUCCCAUUCUGUACAAGUCAGCUGGCAGCCACCACCCACAUCACACAGCAAUGGUGUUCUGCAAGGCUACAAGCUGCACUAUGAACCUCUUCUUGAUGAUCUUUGGCAUGCCUCUGACACAAUGGAGACAAAGAAAACAACAGCUCUCACUGCAGUUCUUACUGGUCUAAGAAAAUUCACAAAUUAUAGUGUUCAGGUGCUUGCGUACACAAGAGUUGGUGAUGGAGUGAUUACACAUCCUAUUUACUGCAGUACAGAAGAGGAUGCCCCAGGUGCACCUGCUGACAUUAAAGUUGUAGUAAAGUCACCACAAUCCUUGUUGGUAUCAUGGUUACCUCCAACAGAGCCUAAUGGCGUCAUAACACAUUACAAUCUGUAUACAAGAGUUGUGGAUGGUCGUGAAGAAUUGAAACACAACAAACGCAACUUGGCAAGUCAUCAGACAAGUUUUGAAGCAACUGAUCUCCUGCAGCAUGUGGAACAUCAGUUUUAUGUCACAGCUUCUACAAAAGUUGGUGAAGGGCAGAGUUCGCGUGUUGUGACACAGGUUCCUACAAAUAGAGUCCCAGCACGUAUUUCAUCAUUUGGUGGAGUUGUUGUGAGACCAUGGCGUAGCACUGUCACGAUGCCUUGUCUGUGUGUGGGGCAACCGCAGCCUCGCCGACGGUGGUAUCGUAGUGGACAUCUCCUCACAGGUGGCCCUGGAAUCACACUCCGGGAGUCUGGAGAGCUAGUAAUCAACCAACUUGCUCCAUCUCAUGCUGGGAACUACAGCUGCCAGGUGGAAAAUACUCAGGGCUCUGACCGGAUACAGUUCACACUCAUAGUGCAAGUUCCACCUGCUGCUCCUGUGUUGUAUGUGACAAGUACAACAAGUAGCAGUAUACUGUUGCAGUGGAAAGUUGGUGACACUGGUGGUGCCCCCAUCACAGGAUUCAGUUUGAGCUAUAGGAGAUCUCAUGGUGAUACAGAGGAAGUAUCACUACCUCGUCAUACCUCAACUUACGAGCUCAAGGGACUGCUGUGUGGCAGCACUUACCACUUAUCACUGACAGCUCAUAAUCGCAUUGACAGCUCUCCUAGCAGCCCAACAUUAUCUGUCCGCACACAAGGGCAGGCACCAGGUGUACCACACCAGGCAAUGCUGAUAACACCCAACUCCACAUCUGUGUUGUUGCGGCUACAUGUCUGGCCUGAUAAUGGCUGUCCACUGACAUAUUUUGUACUGCAGUAUCGGCCAAAUGGGGCACAACACUGGACACUUGUAUCAAAUGCAUUGAAGCCUCAACGCAGAUUCACUGUUUCUGGCCUAAAUCCAGCUUCUAUCUAUCAGCUAAAGAUAGAAGCACAUAACAUAGCAGGAUCUUCAACUGCUGAAUACACAUUUGCUACUCUUACAAAGGAUGGUGAAUUACCACCAUUGGAGUUAAUGAAUGGAGGAAGUCCAUCGUCCCCUUUUUAUGCAGACAUUAGAAUAAUCAUUCCACUUGUUGUGGCCUUUGUGGCAGUAGUGGGAGCUGGUGCUGCUGCUGCCCUUUGCUGGAGAAACAGGGCAACCGUUUUAGAGCAAAACCGGCCACUGAAAGAGACGCUGGACAAUCAACAAAAUGCCGAAGCUCAGAGGGAAAGAUAUUAUGCUACAAUCCACAAGGUAGCUUUGCAAGCUAGUGGGGAUAAAAUACCAGAAACAUCAGAGGACAUAUCACCAUACGCAACAUUCCAGCUAUCAGGUCCUGGUGUAGACCCAAACAACACUCUUCUGCACAGUUUUAUGUACCAUGAACAAGCUAUGACUGAAGGGUGUGCAUCACCACCACCACAUGCAGUAAUAAAAACUGCAACAAGGAGACGAGGGAGUAGGAAAACUGAGGUGGAUACUGAUGAAUCAGAUUCAGACCCUGAUCAGUUGACAUCUAGUCGAACAGAGUCUUCCAAUCAGCUUGAUGCAGCAAAGAUAAAACACAAUUUCAUAUACCAUGGUGCACAUUCUAGUACAUCUUCUGAUAUAUCUCCCAUGUCAGAACAGAAAUCACUGCCAAGGAGAGGGAGAGCGAGAUGGCUUGCCCCCAGCAAAGCAUCGCUCAGGACGCUGCUGCCGCCACUGUCAGUUGCUGAGGCAUCUUUUACUGUGAGGGAUCCGAGGGAGAGGGAGACUCCGGACCGGCCUGAACUCAGUGAAGCAGAGUGCGAUAUUGACACGCUGAAGAAACUCAAACUGGGCCUGCGGUCUUCCCUGUGGUCUCGUCCCAGUGGUAGUGCAACAACCACUCAUCACAACCAGUCUGAUUACUCAAUUGCUGUAUAACAGCGAAUGGGAAUGAGAGAACAUUUUAUAUUCUGUGUUGUACAUAUGCAUAUGAACACCAUGACAUGUAAUAUAUUUUCAUGUUUUGAAAGAUUUGGGUACUUGUUAUCCAGUAUUAUUGUUAGAAAAUAUUUCUGGUUAAUGACUGAUAUAAUUUUAUACUCUUGUAAUGUUAACUGGUGCAAUUUUAUAUUUACACAUGGAAAUGUAUAAGAUUUAUGUGAGAACUGAACUGUCUUUGGCUCAGUAAGCUUGUGGCAUGGUUUGAGUUCAAAACCCUUUUUACAUUAUGUAGCAUUAUAUAUUUUUGUUGUGGCUAGCAGCUCACAGCAAACCCACAGAUUGUUCUCUCAGAGAGAAUGACAGUUUGUAAUUGAACUGUAUGGAAUUACUAGGUUUAUACCUGAAUCUCCUCCCCCACCCCCAAUGCCCCCCCCCCCCCCCCCCCAAAAAAAUAUGACUUUUUAAAAGACUGACUUGCUACAUAUAGUACAUAUUUGAAAAUGUGAAAGUAUGCUACUAACUCUACAGUUCAAAUUCCUUGCUGCAGAAAAUUACGACAGACUUUUAUUCAAAAUUUUAAUAAUGGGUGUCAUAAGGGUUGUAGUAAAAGUUUGAAUCUUUCCAGAAUAUGCGUUGUAGAUUCCCCUCACCUUAAACAUACAACCCCAUCACCAAAAAAAUAAAGCCGUAUUUAUAUAUAUAUAUUUGUAACAAAUGGUGCUCAAUAUCUUUGUGGUUAUUUGAGACUUAUACUGGAUCAUCUGUUCAAAAUUUGGUAUGACAUGUUUGUUUCACAUUUUCCUGGGUAUAUGGUAGAACAUAAAUUCGCUUCUUUGCCUUCUUGAUCACAACUAUUGCCCUAGAAUAUAUAUGCAAAAAUGGUAUUGUAUAUCUCUGUGUGUGUGUGUGUGUGUGUGUGAGAGAGAGAGAGAGAGAGAGAGAGAGAGAGAGAGAGAGAGAGAGGUAUGUUGACAGGAGAAAUAGGGGGAGGAGGACUUUACAUCUAAAUUACCAACAGAAAGACAGACAGGAGACCACAGAACCUUGCAUUUGGAAGACAGUACAGGGGUCUCUUACUAGCCUGCCCACAUUAAGGCACUAUCAUCAUCAAGUCAUACUUUACGUAAGCCAAAAAGUAUUUUUUGUACACUCUGGUUGUUUUAUUUUCACACUACAAAAUCUUAGAAACAGAUAGUCUGGAUAAUAAACUGUAUAUCGACAGCAAGCUAAUUUUAUUAAGUUUAUGACUAUUGGUCACUUUUUCCAUACCAUCAUAAGAGUCAUUGUGAAUAAGUUCCCAAAGAGUUAAAAUAUUAAGCUGAUGUGCCUAUAAAAGUUGUAAACAGGUGUAUAAAGUAAUGAGUGGUGGCUUCUGUUGACAAAAUAAAAAGCAAAUGUUAAAUUCUUCAUCCUGCAGCAUAAAUACAAAAUAGCUCCACUAGCCAAUACAUCAUACUAUCAAGUAUUUAUAAGUCAGCUCACAUACUAACAAAUGUAAAAUGAUUUUUUUAUAUAUAUAAUUUACUGUCCGAAGAGUGAUGUGCUUGCUUAUUACUGCCAAAGAAAUCUUUCAAAUAUUACUAUGUAAUAAAUUGUGCCACAUGGAAAUUUUCAUCCUGUAAAAGCCAAUCAUUUUCAUGUAAAUAUUGUGAUACUGAGGAGGCAAAUAAUUUUAUUAAUGUAUCAUUCAAAAUUGAGGCAAGCCAUUUGAUAUUUACCAGUCUAAAGAUCACAGUUUUCUACAAAUUUUCUUGCUCAUAUUCUUAAAACUAAUGUGUAACAAAAGUCCAGGUCUGAUGUACUACAAAUUGAGGACCAACAGGGUGUCCAAAUCUUAGUAUUCCACAUAAAACUAUACAGUAUUCCAGUGACCCAUGUGUUUUAUCCAGUUAAAAUCUAUUAUACAGUCACUUGUAAAAAAUGAAACAGUGAAAACUUUUCUAUGUACGUUAUAUGUUUUUGGAAUAAAAGAUGUACUUUCA